UAUUCAAAGCAUAAAGCCAUCGAAAGCUCCCAAGCCUCCUCCCAUCGCUUCACCCUUCCGCUGAUGAUCCAAGCAAGCAUGCAAGCAGAAAGCAGCCGAAACGUGUCUGCCGGAGUUGACGAACGCAGCUCCAAGUCCAACGGCCGAACAUCCCCGUACGUCGCCGCCGCCGCCAAACCUGUCGAGGAUGAUCUGUUGAGCGACCCGGACAAGUUCUACGCGAAACUCACCCAGUUCUUCGAGUCCACUGGACUGAGCCUCAUCCUAAAUGCCCGGGAAACAACCUUGGACUUGUUUCAGCUGCACAAGGAAGUUGCCAGAAGAGGAGGAUUUCGCCAGAUUAACAAAAGGGGCAAAUGGGACGAGAUAGUCUCUGCCCUUCAAUUGGAAAGCACGGCUCCCACGAUAGCUACUCAAGUUCAAAGGCUUUAUGCACAUCUUCUUUACAACUUCGAGCAGUCCAUCGCUAGGACUAGGAGUGCUCCCAAACCGCCUGCAGUCUCAGACUCAUUCUCAGGCUUUAAUUCUUCGAACAGCAAGAGCCCUGCCCUCAAGCGGAACAAUAAGAACAGUUCUUCUGUGCCGAUUGAUUUAGUGGAUCAUCCUGAGGAGAAGAAGUUGCGCACAGAGGCUAUCAAAUUGCCAACAGAAGAAAAAACGGCUCAGGAGAUGGCAGCGAAGCUUAAGGAGCAUAUGAAAAACCCAAAAGCUCCACUUGCGACACGGAGUGCAUAUCAGCUCUUCCUCAGCAAGGAAUGUGCUCGGCUAAGAACCCUCCGAGGAGAGAGUCAGGAGGGCCAAGAUAUUCUGAGGGUGGCCAUUGAUGCAUGGAGACAACUUACUGAGAAAGAGAAGGAGCCAUAUAUCGAGGAAAGUAUAAAGGAUAGGGAAAGGUACGAGCAAGAAAUGGCUGCUUUCGCCGAGCAAGGGAAAACGCAAGAUAAGGUUACCAAGAAAAAGAAAGCCAGUUUCCAGAAAAUGCAAGAUGAGAAUGGCAUUCACAAGAAGCACCUCGAUAAUGUCUACAAAGUCGUCAAUCUGAGCCCGUUAGAAGACCCCCCAGUUCCAUGCGCAGAUCAAUCUGUGGUUGAUAUAGCCAUGGAGAUAGCAAAGAAUGCACCGACAGACCAGCUGCUCCUCUUCAACUGGGACGAGUUUUGCGGUUCACUUGAUAUAGCCUGAGUAGUUGGUCGAAGAAGCAGCGAUCUUUUGGUGGAGUUUGAUUUCAGAUGGGACCGAGGUAACCUCGUUAGUUCAGCUUCGAAGUUGACACUCUCUUUUUGCCGAGGUCUCACGUAUUGCCAACUAGGAGUGUCUGUUUAGUUGAUGAUGGAGAUGCAACUCUUGUGUCCACCUCUUAAGCUGCUCUGUUUCUUUCUUGUUUAUAUGAUGCAAAGGACCGUGUCAAAUAGCUCUGUACAGCUUUGGACAUAUCGAGCCAUCAGUUUCUGUUAUCCAAUGGAAGGCUUAAAGAUGCAUCGAACAAUGUAA